AUGUGCCUUACUUCAUGUAAGAAAUUAAGGAAAGCUAGGGACAAGAUUCCCUUUAGUCAAAUCCCAACCGUCUCAAAAGAAAUUAAGGAAGUUAGCAAGUAUCUGCAAGUGAAUUUGCUCCUCGUGAUGGAAUUCUUCUCACCAUUCACGACAAAUCCAGUGACAAAGAAGCAGACAAGAUCAUGCUCCGUUUGGGUACGAGGAAAAUCGAAAAAUGGAGAGAAUAGCAGUCAGUCAGGCUUCUUCAUCGUAUCCAAUAAUGCCCCGUCUCCUCUAGUUGGCCUGCCUGAAUUCUCUCACUUGGGUUGGGGCCACUGGUUUACAUUGAGGGACCUUGAGGUGGCAGUGGGAAAGAAAAAAAUAGAGGGAGAAGAAGAGGACAGGGAGAAGAGAUGGAGAGCAAAGGGUGGAGAGCGAGGGGAGAGGGGGAGAGAGACGAAGUAA